AUGGCAGGUUUCUUCGCCGGGCGUCUAAAGCGCCCCGACGUAAGACCAACGCCAUCUGUCCAGUCACUAUCGGAUAGUCACCUGUCCGGCAGUGAGAAUGGCCAAACGGGGUUGGAGGGAAAGCCAUUGACAGACCUCGAGGGUGGUGGAAAGACAAAGAGCAUCUUCUCGCGGCCGUGGACUCGACGAGACCUCACAAUACUUGGUAUUCUGGGAGCUUUGAGUCUGGCAUUACUUGCACUGAUCAUUGCACUCCCCAUCGUCUUCGUAAAAGGGCGCGAGCGCAACCAAAAUGAAAUUGACGGCGAUUCCUGGACGCCUUACAGACCGAAACAUAAUAGCCCCAGUUACCAUAUCGAGGAGAACGCGCCCAUCUGGGCCAUCCACGACUUCCCGGACCCCGGUCUUCUGGAGUAUAACGGCACGUGGUAUGCUUUUGGAACGAACCCGCACAAGAACGAUCCGAAUUCAAUUCAUAUUCCCGUCGCCACGUCGAACAAUUUUGUGAACUGGACCCUUGUCAAGGACCACGACGCGCUGCCGACCAUUGGCAAUUGGGAACGCAAGGUGAACCACUGGGCUCCGGAUGUGAUUCGACGGGACGAUGGAAAGUUCGUAAUGUACUACGCCGGAGAGGCCAAGGACUUUGGCACCCACCACUGCAUUGGGGCUGCCGUCUCCGAAGGCGAAGAUCCUAUCGGUCCCUACGUCCCUCUCAACGAAUCGAUUGCCUGUCCACACAAAUACGGCGGUGCUAUCGAUCCAUCGCCAUUCAGAGACGAGGACGGCACGAUGUACGUUGUCUACAAAGGUGACGGGAAUAGCGUCGGUAGUGGAGGCUACUGCGGCAACUCCAGGAUACCGCGCCAUUCUGUUCCGAUUAUGCUUCAAGAGGUGAAGAGCGACGGCAUCACUCUGGUUGGCGAACCGACAAUUAUUCUCGACAUCAACAAGACGGACGGACCACUGGUCGAAGCUCCCGAUAUCAUCCGCACCGAGGACGGCACUUAUUACCUAUUCUUCUCAUCCCACUGCUUUACGUCUCUGGGUUACAACGUGAAAUAUGCCCAUGCAAAGUCGGUCAAGGGACCAUACACUCGGGCCCCUCAACCGCUCCUGCAAACUGGUGACUUCGGACUGAAGGCACCCGGUGGCGCAACUGUCUCUACCGACGGGAAGAGAAUGGUUUUCCACGCAAACUGUGAAGGCUGGCGGUGUAUGUAUGCUUCAGCCAUCGACAUUCAGUCCAACAACAACACGAUCAUUAUGGCUUCUCUCGAGCUCCAGGUUCUUGGAAACUCCACUACUCACACUAUCAACUCCAUCACCAACUCCACAACAAGCCUCUAA